UGCGCCGCCGCCGCCGCCACCCAGUCCCCCGCUAACAGCCAGCCUGGUCCCGCCGUCGCCAUGGGAGUGCAGGGCUUCCAGGACUACAUCGAGAAACACUGCCCCAGUGCCGUAGUGCCGGUGGAGCUGCAGAAGCUGGCCCGGGGCAGCCUGGUGGGUGGGGGUCGCCAAAGGCCUCCCCAGACCCCGCUGCGACUCCUCAUCGACGCCGACAACUGCCUGCACCGGCUCUACGGCGGCUUUUACACGGACUGGGUGAGCGGCGGGCAAUGGAACCACAUGCUGGGCUACUUGGCGGCGCUGGCCAAGGCCUGCUUCAACGGCAACAUCGAGCUCUUCGUCUUCUUCAACGGCGCCCUGGAAAAGGCCCGGCUCCACGAGUGGGUGAAGCGGCAGGGCAACGAGCGCCAGACCGCCCAGCAGAUUGUCAGCCACGUCCAAAACAAGGGCACCCCGCCGCCCAAGGUCUGGUUUCUCCCGCCUGUCUGCAUGGCGCACUGCAUCCGCUUGGCCCUCAUCCGCUUCCACAUCAAGGUUGCACAAAGUAUCGAAGAUCACCAUCAAGAAGUAAUUGCUUUUUGCCGAGAAAAAGGCUUUCAUGGUUUGGUUGCAUAUGAUUCAGAUUAUGCAUUGUGCAACAUACCUUACUAUUUCAGUGCCCAUGCCCUAAAACUGAGCCGUAAUGGAAAAAGCCUCACAACAAGCCAAUACCUGAUGCAUGAAGUUGCCAAGCAACUGGACCUGAAUCCAAAUCGGUUUCCUAUUUUUGCUGCUCUUUUAGGUAAUCACAUUCUACCUGAUGAAGAUUUGGCUUCAUUUCAUUGGAGUUUACUUGGUCCAGAACAUCCACUAGCCUCUCUUAAGAAUCCAUAUGACAGGGAUGCAGAGAGAGGCAUUCUUGGUGGCUGCUCAACCAGUUACGGAACUUUCUUCCCUUGGAGACUUGCUAAAGUUCAUGGACCUUUCGGAAGCAUUGUACGAGCACACCAGUUAGUUUUACCACCUUGUGAUGUAGUGAUCAAAGCUGUAGCUGACUAUGUCCGCAAUAUUCAGGACACCUCUGAUUUGGAUGCCAUAGCUAAAGAUGUUUUUCAACAUUCACAGUCUAGAACGGAUGACAAAGUUAAACGAUUUAAGAGAGCAGUUGCAUAUUAUUCAGCAACUAAUAAGCCUAUGCCAUUUCAUCCACCACAUUACCUAGCUAGACCAAAUCAAUUGGGAAUGCCGGGUAUAGUGCCACCAUAUGUGUCUCCUCAGAUGCUUAACAUUCCACAGUCUGCCCUGCAAGCAAAGCAAGCGGCCCAGCCUAUCUCUAGUCAUGGUAACACCCAGGGUCAGGGCCCAUAUCCCUAUAAUCUGUCAGAACCAGCCAUCACGUUGGACACAAGUGGAAAAAAUCUUUCUGAGCAGAAUUACAGCAACAUUCCUCAUGAAGGAAAACAUACUCCAUUAUAUGAACGAUCCUCUCCAAUAAAUCCAGCUCAGAGUGGGAGCCCCAAUCAUGUUGAUUCAACGUACUUUCCUGCCUCUUCUACAUCAUCUUCCUCAGACAAUGAUGAAGGCAAUGGAGGUGCUGUGAAUCAUGUUGGCGGAAACAAAUUGAGCUGGGAAAAAAUAGGAACUCAGUCAGAAAAUCAAGUAUGCGGGGAUCCAGGAGACCAAACAAAGGUGGAAGGUUCCUCUACUGUUUCUUCAGGGAAUCAGGCAGCUGAAGUUAAAGGGAAUCAAACCAGUAGUGCACAAAUCCCAUGUCUGUUGUCAAUGCCCACCAGGAACCAUAUGGAUAUUACCACUCCUCCAUUACCUCCUGUAGCGCCCGAAGUAUUAAGAGUAGCAGAACACAGACACAAAAAAGGGUUAAUGUACCCCUACAUAUUUCAUAUCCUAACCAAGGGUGAAAUUAAAAUUGCAGUUUCUAUUGAAGAUGAAGCAAACAAAGACCUGCCUCCUGCUGCUCUUCUUUAUAGGCCAGUUCGUCAGUAUGUUUAUGGAGUCCUGUUUAGUUUGGCAGAAAGCAGAAAAAAGACAGAGAGGCUUGCUUUUAGAAAGAACAGACUUCCUCCUGAAUUCUCACCAGUGAUAAUUAAGGAAUGGGCUGCUUACAAGGGAAAGUCUCCCCAGACUCCUGAGUUAGUAGAAGCUCUUGCAUUUAGGGAAUGGACUUGCCCCAAUUUGAAGAAACUUUGGUUGGGGAAAGCAGUAGAGGACAAGAAUCGACGAAUGAGGGCAUUCUUGGCCUGUAUGAGGUCAGACACACCAGCAAUGCUAAACCCAACUAAUGUGCCCACUCACCUAAUGGUGCUUUGUUGUGUAUUAAGAUAUAUGGUGCAGUGGCCUGGAGUUCGGAUACUUCGUCGCCAAGAACUUGAUGCCUUCUUGGCUCAAGCUUUAUCUCCAAAACUCUAUGAACCUGACCAACUACAGGAACUAAAGAUUGAAAACCUAGAUCCUCGAGGAAUUCAGCUCUCAGCAUUGUUUAUGAGUGGUGUUGACAUGGCAUUGUUUGCCAAUGAUGCUUGUGGGCAGCCAAUUCCAUGGGAGCAUUGUUGUCCAUGGAUGUACUUUGAUGGGAAGUUGUUCCAGACCAAGCUCAUCAAAGCAAGCCGGGAGAAAGCUCCCCUCAUUGACCUCUGUGAUGGUCAGGCUGAACAAGCUGCCAAGGUAGAAAAGAUGCGCCAGAGCAUCCUUGAAGGUUUAAAUUUCUCCAGGCAAAACCAUCCACUCCCUUUCCCACCACCACCUGCCAUGCCUUUCUAUCCAGCUUCUGUUUAUCCUCGACACUUUGGGCCAGUUCCACCUCAGGGCAGAGGCAGAGGCUUCGCUGGAGUCUAUGGUUUUGGGGGCCCUUAUGGGGAAACGGUUGCAGCAGGCGCUUAUCGGACCUUCCGAGUGACUGCCACAGGAGGACACUCCGGAGCUUUCUCUGGCGGGGACGGCAACAGGACUAGCAAGUUUCAGGGCGGUGUCCAACCUAUUCCUUCUCAGGGAGGGAAGCUGGAAAUAGCUGGCACUGUGGUGGGCCAUUGGGCUGGAAGCAGACGUGGUCGAGGAGGAAGCAGAGGGCCAUUUCCUCUGCAGGUGGUUUCUGUUGGCGGGCCAAGAGGACGUCCUAGAGGAGUUAUUUCGACACCAGUGAUAAGAACGUUUGGCCGAGGAGGAAGAUAUUAUGGGAGAGCUUAUAAGAACCAGGGAGCUAUUCAGGGCAAACCUCCUUACGCUGCUUCAGCAGAGGAAGUGGCCAAAGAACUUAAAUCAAAAUCAGAGGAAAGCAAGUCCUCUAUUGUGUCUUCAGAAGGAUCCCUGGCUGAAAAUGGCAUAAUGAAUGAGGAGAAACCAGCUUCCCAAAUGAAUGGGAGUGCAGCAGAUGUCAGGGCUUCCAACCAGUCUGAAAGUGCCUUGAGUAAUGACUCUAAAAUGUGCAAUACAAAUCCUCACUUAAAUGCACUAAAUGCAGACAGUGUUUGCCAUAAAGACGAUGCUCUUGAGGCUACUGUCUUAAAAAAAGAAGAGUAAACUUAUUUUUUAUAGAGGGUGAAGGAUGUUGGAAGGGUCAGGAUUAGGAAUAUCUGGAAAGAAAGAGAGCCUACAGUUACGUACAUUUUUUCCUUUCCGUAAGAGAAAAAUGAGGACUUGGAAAUUCGGAUCCCUCUUGGAUGUCAGAGAUUUAAAGAACACAUUUUUAGUUUUAACCAGUUGUAGUCAAAAUGCUACAAUACAAUAAAAAUGAAAGAGAAUGAAGAGCAUUUGACUCCCGCACUUAAAAUGAAGUAUACACAAAGUUUAAACUGGUUAUGACAAAAGCUUGUAGUUUUUGUUUCUUGAAAUAUAUUAAAAAGAAAAAGAAAAACAAAUUUUGGCAGUCUUUCAGUAUAUAUAGCUUAAAAUAUAAUUUUUAGUACUUGGCACCAUAUGUAUGCCAUUAUAUUUGAUUUUGCAUUACUGUGUCACAAAGCUUUCCUUAAGGCUUUGAUUUCUUGAUUGGGGGGGAAAGGCACAACCACAGUUCUUUCUUUUCUUAAAUUUCAUCACUGUUGAUGUGGUUCUUUUUAUGUUUAAAAUGUGCAAACUAUCAAAAUAAAAAAAUUAUAGAGUAAUAUUGGAGUUCUGCUGAUUUUAAAUAUACAUCAUAAUACUUUACAAGCAAGUUAAAAUGGAUUUAACUUGAAAAUCAUAGAAGAUGCAAAUGACCUUUUCAAAAGAAACACAAUGUGUUCUGAUACUUUUUGUGACUAAUACCAUGCAUCCGUGAUCAAUGAACUAUGUGGUUUUUGAAUCAGACGUAGACCAUUAGUACUACUAUUUGAGCUAAACUUCUGCAUGGUUCAUAAUUUUAAAGUGUGUAGUUAAUAUUAUGCAUGUUCUUGUCCUCUUUCUUCCAUUCUUACAAGUACUGUGCCCAUUUGCAAAACAAAAAAAAAGCUAAUAAUCAGUAAUAGUCCUAUAAAAGAUGUUAACUAUGUUUAGUCAUUGACUGAUCUUGCUCUAACCUUAAAAUUUUGUGAUUAUUGACCUCUGUUGCAUUUAUUCUAAAACAAAAAAAAAUUAUCUAGCCGUUUUGAAUAUCAACGUUACCCUGGUGUACUCAUUGCUGUAUGCAUUAUUGUUCUCUGUUGCUGUUUUAUGCCUUCAUAUUAGCAAAUAUGAAAUUCUGUGGAAAAACAAAAAAAAAAAGCUUUGAUCUUCAAGAAAUACCCCCCUUCUGUAGCAGGAAACAAAUGGCUUGUUCUUGAGAACUUUCCCAUCAAGAAUUUAGUAUAAGCAAAUAUACCUGUAUCAUUUUGAUGUUUUUGUUAGUGUUUCCAAACUUAAUGUACUUCAGAAUCAGAAUCAUUUCUUUAUAUUCGUUUUCAUAUAAUUCUCCUGAUGCUCUUCAUCACACAUUAGUGAUCAGAAAUGAGGUGUAAUUCCCCAUUCCCUGCCCGCAAGAGCUAAGUAGGUAUCUUAAUGUAAGUUGAAGGGAGUUCUGCCCCAACUCAUGGAUUGUGCAAGAAUGAACUACUGUUGGGUUUGAUUGGUUGUAGAUGGAUUGUGGUGUGGUGUAUUUGAAGGCUAUUGAAUGCAACUUACAAUGCUUAAUAAAAAUCUUUAUUCUUUUAGUA